AUGGCGACCAAGGACGCUCCCAGAGUUCUGGUUAUUGGAGGAGGCUCGGCCGGUCUGCUCACCGCACAUGCCUUGCAGAUGCUGGGCGCAAGUACCGUUGAGGAGCUACAGAAGACCAUCGAGUCAUGCCAGGUCGACGAUCACCGAGCGGGUGAGGAUGAGACGAUGCCCAUCUACAAUUGCAAGACCGAGGAGUUGAUGAUCAGGCUGCCCAUUCCGUACAACAUCCGGCUGAAGCGGAGGAAGUUCAUACGCCAUAUCACGCAAGGCCUGGAUGUCAAGGUAAACAUUCUUCAGAUUCGCCACUCUUCUGGUCUAACUCCUCUGCAGUACAGCAAAAAGAUCAAGGAAGUAUCUUCAGACGGCAAGAAAGCGACAGCAGUUUUCGAGGACGGUACUUCCGAGACCGGAGACCUUCUGAUCGGUGCAGAUGGAGGGCGCUCGGUCGUUCGCGACUACCUUGUUGGCUCCUCCCAGUCUGCCUUAGCUGAUACACCGAUUGUGUCGACUUUCGCGAUCGCUCAGCUGCCGGCCGAAGCUGUUGAGAAGUUUCGUCAUUUCGGCAACCGUAUGGCUAUCGCUUUCCAUCCAAAUGGCUACUUCACGUGGGUAGGCAAACACGAUGCACACGAGAGCACCACGCCUCCAGGGGAGUGGAAGUUCAUGGUCGCUCAAACGUGGAGACCAGAAGACCCCAACUAUGAUCCUCAGACGAUGCAGCGAGAGAAGGCUCUAGCGGAUGCCAAACGCAGAGCCAAGGAAUUUGGUCCUACGUUGAGUGAGAUCUGGCAGUCGAUUCCUGACAAUACGACCUGCUGGCACAGCCGUCUGACUGACUGGAAGCCUGAUGAGCUGUGGGACAACCGCAAUGGCACUAUCACGCUGGCGGGCGAUAGUGCACAUUCGAUGACUUUCCAUCGCGGCCAAGGCCUGAACAACGCCAUCCACGAUGCUGCUUCCAUCGCCCGCUCGGUACGAGAGUAUGGCUUCACCCCAGAUGCGAUCAAGGCCUAUGAGGCAGAGAUGAUACCGCGCGGUCGUGAGGCGGUCAAUGGUUCGCGUGCCAACACCAUCGCCAUUCACGAUUGGGAUUCGUUGUUGGACUCGCCGUUGUUCAAGAUGGGGUUGAAGGCGAAGUGA